UUUUCCGGGAUUUGGAGAAGAACUUUAUGGGGCCCUGGAACCUGAAUGAAAACCGACCGCUGGUUGAGGAAGGUGGAUAAAGGGCUUGUCAUACAGGCUGCAGGGUUCGUGGCUGCGGGUGAGGCCCGGUGCAUGGCGGUCAGGCGGCGGACUCGGCCCUCCACAGUUCUAACACGGAGUGCAAUCUCUAAUGCUGAAUACAUGUCUAAGGAGCCACCACAAGAACAGAAUGGAGAGUUUGAGCUUACAGGCAAUGACCCUUUCUGAUGGGACAACCGCCUACGUUCAGCAAGGUGCUGAUGAUGAGAAGUUAAUUGAAGGGCAAGUGAUUGAACUUGAAGAUGGAUCCACAGCUUUUGUUCAACAUGUUACAUUGCAGAAAGAGUCUAUCACCUUUGAAGAUGGUCAGCCAGUAGCAUUGGAAGACGGCACUAUGGCUUUUAUACAUCAUGCUCCCCAAGAGGGUUAUGACCCCAACACCUUGGAAGCAAUCCAGCUGGAAGAUGGAUCUACAGCUUUCAUACAUCGUCCUGUUUCCAUGUCAAUGGGCAGCACCAUCCUGGCAGUGCAAACAGAUGUGGGACUGGAAGAAUUGGCUGUAGGAGAGAAAGAGGAUUCCUUUGAACUUGAUACCAUUACUGCCCUGAAGGACUAUGCUGGCGAGGGCUUCCAGGAGGAGGAAGUGGAGAGCAAUGGAAAGGGAUCCAAGGUUCCUGAUAGAGCUUAUUGUUGUGGGUACAGUGGUUGUAGCCGCCUAUUUACUACAUCCCACCACUUGAAGGUGCAUGAGCGGAUUCAUACAGGUGAUCGUCCAUACAGAUGUGACUUUUCAAGCUGUGGGAAAACCUUUGCUACAGGAUAUAGCCUGAAGAGCCAUGUGAGAACCCACACGGGCGAGAAGCCAUACAAGUGCCCAGAAGAUUUAUGCACCAAAGCCUUCAAAACUUCUGGAGACCUGCAAAAACAUAUCCGGACGCAUACUGGUGAGAGGCCCUUCAGAUGCCCUUUUGAAGGCUGUGGCCGCUCUUUCACCACCUCCAAUAUACGCAAGGUCCACAUCCGGACACAUACUGGUGAGCGACCGUAUACAUGCCCAGAGCGCAACUGUGGGAGAGGGUUCACUAGUGCCACCAACUACAAGAACCAUAUGAGAAUCCAUACAGGGGAGAAGCCAUAUGCCUGCUUGGUACCAGGCUGUGGAAAACGCUUUACUGAAUAUUCUAGCCUUUACAAACAUCAUGUGGUUCACACACAUUGCAAGCCAUACACCUGCAACAUCUGUGGCAAAACCUACCGCCAGACCUCUACCUUGGCUAUGCACAAGCGCACAGGGCAUGGGGAGCUGGAGGCCACAGAAGAGAGCGAACAGGCCCUCUAUGAGCAGCAAAUGAGAGUUGCCACGAUUACUAUGCCUUUACUGAAACACCAGUGUAUUGUUUCUGUGAAGGUGGAACAGGAGGAGGAGGAGGAGGACUGCAUGACUACGCCAGCAGUUCUCGUAUCUCAGGAUGGAGCAGAGCAGGUCAGUCUGUCUCAUGAAGACAUGCAGGCACUUGGCUGUGAUAUCGCCAUGGUAACACAGAGUGGCGCAGUAGCAUCAGUGCCCCAGGAACAGAUUUCAACAAGCGGUGCAAAUGCUGUGACUUUGAUUGGUGCCGAUGGGACCGAGAUACAUCCGAUUACAGUUGUUGCUUCUGGGGCAAAUGCAUCUGAGGAUUCACCCACAACAUCCAUCCACCAUCAGCGGUUGGCAGUGCUGGCAACAGCUAAUGGCACUCACAUUGCAGUUCAGGUGAAAGCGCAACAGAGCUUGGAGGAUGCCAUUAGCAGGGCAACCUCAGCAAUUCAACAGGAGUCUGCAUCUCUUAAGAUAUCCACAUCAAACAAUGGAUGCUGAGACCUCACAGUGAGCAGAAGCAACUGAAGCUGGAUGGACAACUGGAGACUUCAGAACCUUCAAUUCAAAAGCCGAGGAAUGGGUACUGAUUCCUCUGGACCUGGAAAUAGCCCUUAAUAUUUGCUGCCAUCUGUCCAGCAUAGGUUGGAUGAUAAUCAACAAGCAUGGAAGAUGGAGCUACUUGGACUGUUGGAUAAGACUCUGUUUAUAAAUGGCCCUCCUAUAAAUGCUACAACAUGCUUUAUGGCCUCUGUAAGAAAGCCUUCCCUUAACUUCUGGGAUAGCACCCUUUCUAAUGUCUGCUGACAUUAAAGGUGGACAUGACAUGAAGGUGACAUGAAAGGUGGAAGCCUUUGUAUCUCACCUUUCAUUUCUUGGAAGGGACGCCAUUUAUCAGGUCAAAGAUUUUGGCAUUUAAAUGUGUCUUUAGGCUUAGAUGGUUGAAGAAGGGAUCACAGGUAGUUGGGUGCUCUCUACCGUUCCUUCCUAGUACACAUGGGAGUAUGAAUUGUCAGCAUGGGAGCAAUAAAGUCCACUUUGAGCAGGACUGGGAUGGGCCACACAGGGAAAGGGCAAAUAUUUGUGUGGUGGUUCUGUUUUAUGAGCUUCCCUCCACUUAUCAAGGUUGCUUCCCAGCCUCAGCAAGUGAAAUAGACUAAAGCAGACAUACAAUGUAAAUAGAGAGCUUGAAAGGAAAAGAAAAGGCUUUGUAUGACAUUUUAUUCGCCUCUUUCACUCUCUGACAUAGUGGAAGACACUAAAUGUGUAUUUAAUAAAACUUUGGACUCAA